AUGCAAGGCGGCGCGGAUCAGAAUGUCACAGCACCUGUCAACUCUGCUGGCCUCGUGGGAUGGCAGGUUGAAUCUUCUGGUCGAGGGACGCUCAAGCUGAUAGCAAGCUGUCUAGCGACCACGGCACUCUGCACCUGGAUUGUAAUCCAUUCUCGCAUAUACAAGCGGAAGAAACACCGGCUUCCACACAAAGCUGCCUUGUGGUUAAAGACGAUAGUCGCCCCAGAAUUCAUCGCCGUUGAAGCUGCUCAGGAGUGGACGCAAGCGCGAAGGGUGAUGGAGAAAUGCUCCAAGCUCACAGGUGGUCAAUUCCAGAUGGUCCAUUCCUUAUACAUUGGUAUGUUUGGACUGCGGUAUCGUACAUCCUGCGGUACUAGAGUCUUGUGGCCGAACCAAUUUAUCUGGCUGCUGGAAGAAGGACUCCUAGAUUGGCAACGCCACGUGGAAUGGGGCAUGUCAAGAGAAUGCACCAAGGACAAGGGCAAUGCAGAUACGACCGCGAAUGUCCUUACCUUGGCACAAGUCAGCUGGUUCGUCGCUCAAUCGAUUAUGCGACGCGCUCAUAAUCUUCCACUGGCACCGCUGGAGUCCAUGACGUCAAGUUACAUACCUCUUUUCGCUGUUGCGUACGCGUAUUGGUGGAUCAAGCCAAAGGAUAUCGAGACGCCUUCGGAGAUCGAUCUGCCGCAAAUGAGCGACAAUCAGGCGGCUGUCUUCGAAUCUCUUGCAGUAGACGGUCGCUUUGAUGAUGAGGCCACUGCUGAGCAGCAGUCUUUAUGGGGGAUCUGGGCAUUGACUCCGAGGACAUUUGAGAAAGAGGCCGACUUGAGGGCGUCAGAAGAGGAAGAAAAGCAAUAUCAGCACAAGCAGGAUCACUUCGAGAAACAUGUGGAAAAGUGUUCAGUGAGUGACUGCAGGGCGCCCGACCACAAAGUGCCAUCGUUCCCCAAGCUCAUUAAGAAGCUCAAACUGUCGCAUUGGGAUCCGGAUCUGUAUCAUUCGAGACUUCUGUGGCCAGUGUGUUGUUUGGCUGGCAUUUCGUUCCCGGCAUUGCACUUGAUAUCAUGGAACUCGGUCUUUCCAACGUUGGUCGAAACCUGGCUUUGGCGUGCAUCAGCGAUCGCUUCGCUUGUUGGCAUGCUGAUUUUCAUGCAGUUCGACGUGGUUGUGGUAUCGUGGAAGGAUCCUUUGAUGUUGGUGAAGGUUCUUUCUCCUGCAGUGUACUUCGUCACCCGCAUUAUUCUGUUGGCAGGUGCAUUCGCAGCGCUUCGAGCGUCAGAUCCUGCCAUCUACGAGACAUAUGUUGUGUCCACGUAUUGGGUCCACGUGAUAUAG